AUGCAGCGAGUCUGGUCGACGUACCUCGAAAACUCAAACUCCCGGCGGGGUCGGACGGACAGCCCUCAUAAACUGAAUUCAUCCAGGGAGUCCUCCAUUGCCCCCUCCGUUAUUUCGCAGGCGCCGUUGGUCCCCAACGCUCAGAUGCCCUCACGACUCGACCCGUCCCAUCUUGCUGCUGGCUCCAGCUCCCCCAAUCCUUUCGACGGCGGCAGCACGGUCUCACUCACCGUCAACUAUCUCCCUUCCAAACUUCCCGUACCCGGCUCUCUCAAACGGAGGAGUGGGAAAGGUGUGGAUGGCCUGUUCAGGAAACCAGGCGGCGGUGUCGACGCUUUCCGCAGUGGCGAGGCGCGAAUGCCUGACGCCCACGAUGAAGACUAUGACGGGGUGAAUGGGACGAUAUUUGGUGGUCGUCGCAAGCGGUGGAACAAGUUCAAGUGGAUAUUGUUUAUCGCCAACACCCUCCUCAUCUGCUACUCCCUCCUCGCCCUCGUUUUCUGUCUCCUCACAUGGUUCAACGUCUGGCAACACGCCGACAUCAUACGGGUGGCCAACCGCAGCGAGCUCGUGUUAUCAACACUGGCUGCAUCAGUCGCAAUAUUCACCUCGUUACUGGGCUUUGCCGGCAUCCUCCUCAACAACCGCGGUUUCCUUGCCGUCUACACCUUCUUGCUAUGGAUAUGCUUCGCCCUCAUGGUCAUUCCUGGUUACUUGACCUACAAGCACAGGCACCUCAACAUCGAAGGCAAGGUCAACAACCAAUGGUCCCGCGAUCUCGGCGCCCUAGGCCGCUUACGCAUUCAAAACGAGCUCUCAUGUUGUGGCUACUUCUCCCCAUACGUGGAGGCUACCGUCAGCAGCACAUGUUACUCUCGUAGCAUUCUCCCUGGGUGCAAGAAGCCCUACCUCAAUUUCGAGAAACUCGUUCUCGAAAGGUGGUACAUCGCCGCUUUCGGGCUUGUUCCCGUCCACAUUGGCGUCAUCUUAUCCGGCCUGCUCUGUUCCAAUCAUGUAACAUAUCGUUUCGGCAAAGGGAUGACCCCCAAGGCAUACCGCCUCAGCGCCAAGAGCAUGGCGUUGAUCAUGGACAACUACGCCAACCAAUUAGCUGAGCAAUAUGGCCCAGAGGCCGCCCACGAGAUGCUAGCCCGCUCCCGGUCAAACCUCAAUCUCUCUGACGACUACUCAAGGCGAUAG